CCCUUCAUUAUUUUUAAAUUUGGAAAUUCAAUUUAAAAAAAAAAAACACCAGAAAGAGAGAGAGAGAUUUUGAUGGGUCGUUACGGCGUCGACGAGGCGGUGAUACCGUACAAUCUGAACGGCGAAUCCAAUUGGUGGCACGACAUUAACGAUUCACCGCUCUGGCAGGAUCGCAUUUUUCACAUUCUCACCGCCCUUUAUGGCCUCGUCGCCGUCAUUGCUCUCGUUCAAUUGGUACGGAUACAAUUGAGAGUUCCUGAAUUUGGUUGGACCACGCAGAAGGUCUUCCAUUUUCUAAAUUUUCUUGUGAAUGGGGUUCGCGGGCUAGUUUUUAUUUUCAGGCGGAAUGUGCAGGACUUACAUCCAGAGAUUGUUCGACACAUCUUGCUGGACAUGCCAAGUCUAGUGUUCUUCACGACAUAUGCACUUUUGGUUUUGUUUUGGGCUGAGAUCUACUACCAGGCACGUGCCGAGUCAACUGAUGGACUGAGGCCAAUUUUCUUUACAAUAAAUGUGGCGGUUUAUUCCAUUCAGAUUGCAAUGUGGCUGGUAUUAUGGUGGAAGUAUAUCCCAGUUUUGGUCAUCAUAUCGAAGAUGUUCUUUGCAGGUGUCUCAUUGUUUGCAGCCCUUGGGUUUUUACUAUAUGGUGGAAGGCUUUUCUUAAUGUUGCAGCGAUUCCCUGUAGAGUCCAAAGGGCGACAAAAUAAGCUGCAAGAAGUUGGUUAUGUGACUGUCAUGUGCUCCUCAUGUUUCCUAGUCAGAUGCAUUAUGAUGUGCUUUGAUGCAUUUGAUAAAGCUGCUGAUCUUAAUGUUCUGAACCAUCCAGUUCUAAACUUCAUAUAUUACCUGUUGGUGGAGAUAUUACCUUCGAUUUUGGUCCUUUUCAUUUUACGGAAGUUGCCACCAAGACGAGGUAUUACUCAGUAUCACCCGAUACACUGAUCUAUGCAGGUCAACAGUGACACACAAGGAAGAAAAAACUGCAAGAAUCGACGCUAAGACAUGCCUUCUGUGCCCUGCAAAGAGAGCAGACAAAGCAAAAUAGGUACAUGAAUUCUACAAACUUUUAAUCUGUCUAAGGAUGUUUGUAGGUUCUGAUGAGAAAUCGAUACCAUUUUGCAACACCUUGCAUGUACUAAUAUAUAUGUAAUUUAUGUAUGUAUGCAUGUAAAUAUGUAUCAUGUAUGUAUGUAAAGAUCUUGCUGAAUACAUGGAUGAAACUAAAACAUAUAGAACGAGACAUACCGGACUUGAUUGCA